AUGUUGUGUGUAGAUGCUUCCCUUUCGCCUCCACCGCCGCCAUACUCGCCACCAAGCCAGCCCCAGCAGCAACAUCAUGCGCGAGAUAAUGCCAACCAUAAUACACCAGGCAGAGGCUCAGCAUCUCCAGGGGCGGUAUCUUCGUAUAAUGGAGUAAUGCAUGGCAAUACUGAUACACCCGCGGAGUAUCGACAGCGUCCCAUUCCUCGCACCCGUCCGCUGUCUAUGGUUCAUAUGGGCGACACAGGGCAAAAUAGACAUGUAUCACUUCCACCACCUCCACCGUUAUCACAAGGAGUGUCAUCUUCCAGAUCAUCGUCCCAACAUAGAGCUGAUGUGUAUCAAGAACAAAAUUCACUGAACGCAGGAUCAAGGCCCUAUAUUAUGGUUUCUCAACAGGACAAUCUACAUCCGUCUCAGUCGAAUAAUUAUAAUUAUAUGGCGGCCACUACCCAACAGGAUGACGUCACGCGGCCACCAACCUCCAGGCGAGCCGUUUCUGCAGGCCCCGUUGUGAAUAGCGCUGGUACGUCCCGGGCUGCAAGCCAGUCUCGGAGUAGCUCACCCCAAGGACGUGGGUGGGAGCCUGGUAUGCCUCUUCCACCACCACCCCCAGGCCCUCCUCCUACUACAAGGUCGCAGAGUGUCAGUGGCCUGUCCGAUAUAACGUCUUUGCGACACUCGCAGGUUCAGCCCAGGAGUAACAGAACUCGACCGCCUCCAGUGCUGGGAACUGGCCUGGACAGUAUUCCCCCGACUCCAGCUGGCUGGGUGGACGAAGGGCCCGCAGUGACCAAGCAAAGAGACCAAGCACCCCUAGUUAUUGACACGGCGAACAUCACGGGGUCCCAUGUUGGAGCCGAUGGAUCUAGAACUCAUGCCCCCCAAAACUCCACCAGCAAUGGCCUGUUUCGCAGCCCGGCUCUUCGAGACCCAAACGCUAAGGGAAUCCGGGAGAGGCGAAUCGAGCGCAGGAACCGACAGAGCCAAGUUUUUGAGGACUUCAGCGCAGUAUCGACCAACAGUAACCCGUGGGCCGAUGCCUUGGACCACGUAAAGCCAUCGAAUCUAGUACUUGAGGACACGAAUGUUAUUUCUGAUAGUACACGGAACCAAACAUCUACAAGAGCCACCCCCAAGAGUAGUCAUAGCUUGGGGUCUGAUGGACAACAUGUCACCUCACGUCCUAGAGCCUCAUCUACUGGACUGUUUUCAAAUCGAUCAUCUUUUUCUACUCCAAGAGGCGAGCCCAGCCCCGUUGGGCCGACCCGAGGAUUUGCACAUACUCCACCAUUCUCCCCGGGUGGUGAAAAAUCAUCAGGAUACUCCAAGACGGCCUCGCAGGCUUUGCCCCCAAGAGCCCUUCCGACUCCCCCGUUGCAACAUGGGCAAGACACACGGCCACCCUCUCGACCUAGUUCGAGAGAGGACCGGCCGGUCUCUCAUUUGUUACACUUGCCGAAUGAUGCUCUGCCUGCGGUCUCAACAUUAGCCCCUCGUCGAGUCCCAUCACAGAAAGGUCCCUCUUUGGAUUCUGUCGUCAACCAGGAUAUGGAAUUUGUUCAGAGCGCUAUACAAAGACACAAGACCUUUAUAGACAGGGAGGCAGACGCUACAGAUGAAGUGGAUGCUCUGAGAAUAUUUACGGAAUUUAUUAUAUCUGAGUCCCAGAUCAGGCGUGAGAGAUAUGCUAAACUAUGGGACUCCGGCUCAUUGGAUAUCGAAACUGUGCGCCAUAGGCUAUUUGAAAAACCUCCAAAGCCACAGGCUUCGCCUGCAUCGCUCUCUAGACGGCCAUCAAGGGGUGCUCCGAGGCUCGAUAUACCCCAAUCACGUCCCGAAUCUGCUUGGUGGAACAACUAUCAACCUUGCUUGUCACCAAUAGCGAGUCUUAGUAUGAGUAAUGAUGGAAUGAGCUCCCGAGGCCGUGCACCGAGUCGUUGGUGGGAAUCAAAAUCAAGCAGCGAGGGAGGCGAACGAAGAAUUGAGCUUUCAAAGCGUGAAUCUAAAUAUAUGGGAUUGCCUCGCGAAUCUCUUCAGUGGUCCCAAGGACGAGAUCCUGCACAAGGCAGAGAUAUGAGUUAUGCAUCUGAAUCGACAGACCAAUAUGCAGCUUACGGACUAGAUGAAUACCCGCCUGAGAAGGUGGGGUGGCACGAGGAGCCAGCCUCGUCGGAUUAUUCAAGUACGGUUGGGCAUAAUAACUACGGGUAUACUAAGGAACCUCACAAAAUGGAUGUGUCGAGGCUGAUUACCCUGCCACCACCUUACCCUCGGCACCAUCCGGCCGUCAACAAUAGCCACCCAGAUCUUGUCAACUAUCGUACUCUAGUUCGAUCGAUUAGUGAUCUUUCUGUUGUAAAAUCCACCAGAGAACGGCAUCAAUCGGAGAUCAAGAGCCUGAAGCAAAACCAUCAAGAGAGGAUGCAGGACAGCCGUCGAUGUUUUAAGGCCAAUAUCCAGAGCCAGAUCGAACAGGGCAGCAUUAGUUUUGCAGAAGCCGCGGAGGCGGAGGCCGCGCUGAUUAUGGAAGAGAGUAAGCUUGCGAGGGAGUUGGCAAAACAAGAGCUGGAUGGCUACCAAGAAUCAGUGCUAAAGCCAAUGCAUACAAUUCUCACUGAACGAAUCAACAAGGCCACUGCUUCCAUUGAUGAGUUACAGAGCAAGUUGUUCGAUGACGCUCGGAAUGAGACUCCCGACCAGACCCAGGAGGAAGGCGAUGAAAAGCCUGAACUAUUAGAGAAACUCACGCAGCUCAAAUGGCUAUUUGAAGCUCGAGAGCAAUUACAUCGCGAAACAUACGACCUAGUCAGUGACCGAGAUGAAAAGUACAAGGCAGUGGUCAUACUCCCUUAUAAGCAGAACGCAAACGAGGAGAAAGUGCGGGAAACAAGCAGCUUCUUUGCUAAAGAUGCCUUGAACCGCCGCGUUAACCACGAGGAGAGCGCACUGGCUCGGCUUGAAUCCUUUUUGAAUGUGGUUGAAGAGAACGUGGUUCGAGGAGUCGAGAUACAGCUGUCCGCCUUCUGGGACAUCGCACCGUCUCUUCUCACUCUGGUCCAGCGGGUUCCAGUGAGCCUUGUCGGUUUUCAGGUCCAGAUACCUACCAAUGAGUAUGAGGAAAAUCCAAGUUACCAGAAUCAUCCGUUGCAAUAUCUCUACACUCUUCUUUCACAUGCGGAAAAGUCUAGCUACCAAUAUAUCGAAUCGCAGACCAACCUUUUUUGCCUCUUACACGAGGUUAAGUCGGCUGUCAUGAGAGCAAAUUGCAAGCUUAUGGUAGCUGAACGGGUGCGAUUGGGAGAGGACGAAGACCAUGUACGGCGAGAAAUGCAAGAGUCCCGCGCGGACGAGGAGCGGUCUUUGACACAUGAUCUAAAAGAUAAGGUCGCUACAGUGGAGGGGCAAUGGACCGAGGCCCUGGGAAGUGCUAUACAAGGCUUACGAGAGCGUGUGAAGGAACAGCUUAUGGAUGAAGCUGGAUGGGAGGAGCUGGAACAAUUGCAGGAGUGA